AUGUUGGUGUCUCUCAGCCUCCUCUUCUGUCUUCCACCUGCAGACAGUCUGACAGUGAAAGCAGCCUCUGGACGUCCAGGAAGUAAAGUCUUUAUUCUAGGAAGUAAAGUGUUCAGAGCCGCAUCAAGCCAAAGAUCAGUCACCAAAGAGUGUCAGAAAGCAGAGACCGUAGUGAACGGUCGUCCUGUCGCUGUGGUCGACACUCCUGGUCUGUUCGACACAACUUUGUCCCAUGAAGAGGUGUAUGAGGAGAUGGUGAAAUGCAUCAGUCUUCUGGCUCCAGGACCUCAUGUCUUCCUGUUGGUGUUAGGAAUUGGCAGACUCACAUCAGAGGAAAAGGAGACAUUAAAACUCAUCAAGGUCGUCUUUGGAAAAAAAUCUGAAAAUUUCACCCUCAUUCUUUUCACAAGAGGAGAUUCACUGGAACAUGAGAAGCAGUGUGUUGAGGAAUACAUUCAAGAAGAUUGUGAUGAUUCCUUUAAGAAACUGAUCGCUGACUGUGGAGAAAGAUACCAUGUGUUCAAUAACUAUGAUAAACAAAACCAAACGCAAGUUAUUGAGCUGAUAAACAAGAUUGACACCAUGGUGAAGGAAAAUGGAGGUGGCUGCUACAGCAAUGAGAUGCUGCAAGAGGCCGAAGCAGCUAUACAGAAAGAAGUGGAGAAGAUCCUGAAAAACAUGGAAGGAGUGAUGCAGAGAGAGCGAGAGGAACUCGAAAGACAACAUGGAGAAGAAAUGAAAGAAAUGGAAAAAAGAAUCCCAAUUGCAAUGAAGUGCUUUAAAAGGAUAGUCCUGUCCCACAUCAACAGAACCAUCCCAGCCACCCUGGGCCAAUUACAAUUUGCGUAUCGACAGAACCGGUCCACUGACGAUGCUGUCAACGCCAACAUCCACACAGCCCUCAUGCUUCUUAAAGGCAAAGACGCAUAUCAAGAAAUCCAGCAGGCCUACACUCAGCUCUCAGUGAGUCAGAGCUAUCAGUCUGUACCAGGCCUGUACACGUCUUUAUUGGAGGGGAAAUGA